AUGUCUUUUGCUGAGGGCUCAUCGCAAUACACCCAGUCGCCUCGACUCUCGCACUACCAGCAGUAUGAUUCAUCAACGCCGCCUCCUCCUCCGCCGAAACCUUUGAGCGGCAGAGAGACGCCAUCCAGAGGACCCCCACUGCCCCCUCCCCCUCCAGCUCAAGGACACAUGAACUCGCAGAAUGGCUAUAGCAAUCUACCCACGAAUCAAACCCCGCUUCCAGAACCAGGCUGGCUUCCCUCAAAAGUUCACGACUUAUCCACGAACGACCUUAGACGUCUACUGGAGGACCCAGAAUUACAAGCCGCUUUGUUGAACGACCCGGAGAACACGCAUCCAUCCAUUCCUGCCUCCCAGGAAACACUACGUCGUAUACUUGACUCAAACAUCCAAACAGCCUCCUCGCUACAGCAAGUCGAGUCUCGAUUGUCUCAUCAACGCGCUGCUACUCAGUCCCGCCUAAUCGCCCUUCGUGCCCUCGAGCAACAGCACAAGUCUAAAAUUGUCGAGACUGAAGACACUUUGAAGGGCUUCAGCCCCAUGGCUUUGUAUCAGCGCCUCAACGCUAGUGCUCAGGAACAGGACGCUCUGGUAAAGGGAAUCGAGGAUAGCUUCUUGGACGAAGGCGGCCUUGCUCCGGAUAGAGAAGUCCAGGACUUUGUUCGUCGUUUGAGAGAAGCCAAAAGAGUUGCCUUUUUGCGCAACGAACGCAAAGAGCGCUGGGAUGAAGGCAGAGUCGGCGGCUGGAGAUGA